UCGCGUCAGUGUUGCGCAGAUUCGGUUUGAACCGAAAGCGGAGUGUGACCUUCCCGGGCGGCGGAGACCGGCAGGAGACUGAGCGAGCGGACCCAUGUCAGCACUCCCGUCCACUACCCUCGCCACGGAGAUGAACAGCAACUUGGCUGGAGAUGAAAUCGGGAAGUUGUUUGUGGGUGGAUUAGAUUGGAGCACCACCCAGGAGACUUUACGGAACUACUUCUCUCAGUACGGAGAGGUUGUGGAUUGUGUCAUAAUGAAAGAUAAAAGCACAAAUCAGUCGAGGGGCUUCGGCUUCGUGAAGUUUAAAGACCCCAACUGCGUACGGACCGUCCUGGACACUAAACCUCAUAAUCUGGAUGGUAGAAAUAUCGACCCAAAGCCGUGUACGCCUAGAGGCAUGCAGCCUGAAAAGACUCGGGCAAAAGAUGGCUGGAAAGGAAGCAAGACUGACAACAGUAAAUCUAAGAAGAUAUUUGUGGGUGGAAUUCCUCAUAAUUGCGGUGAAGCUGAACUCAGGGAAUAUUUUAACAGAUUUGGAGUGGUCACAGAGGUGGUCAUGAUCUAUGACGCGGAAAAGCAAAGGCCUCGAGCUGUUCUGUCCCAACACCCUGCUGCUCUAUUGACUUUUGGUCGUUGGCUAGGUUUUGGAUUUAUUACUUUCGAGGCCGAACAAUCAGUGGACCAGGCUGUCAACAUGCAUUUUCACGACAUCAUGGGCAAAAAAGUUGAAGUCAAGAAGGCGGAGCCUCGGGACAGCAAAGCUCCCGCCCCUGGUCAGCUGGGAGCCAAUCAGUGGGGCCCCCGAGCCAUCCUAAGCACAGCCAAUGGCUGGGCGGCACAGCCGGCUGCGAGCUGGCAACAGAGCUACGGGCCUCAGGGUGUUUGGGUGUCUACAGGUCAACCCCUUGCUGGCUAUGGACCGUCUUUACCUGCCGGCCGAGGUGCACCAGCACAACCUCCAUCUCCAUUUAAUGCAUUUCUAGUGGCAGCAGCACCUGCAGGAGGAUUCGGGGCGCCUCAGGGAUACCCCCAACAGGGCUUUAGCACACAACCACAGUUUGGAUAUAGUUUUGGCACACCACAAGGUGACCAGUUUGUAGCACAAGGAAUACCACCCCCUCCCGCCACACCAGGGGCAGGACCCCUGGCUUUUGCUCCGGCAACGACUCCCUCUCAGGACCUGAGCAAAGCCGCCUCGGCACAGCCGGACUUCUCCUACAGCCAAUAUGGCUUGGGUAACUAUCCUCAGGACCCCUCUGCCUACGGACCAACGCGUCCUUCUCACACUUAUGUACAGGAAGAGCAGGGAUAUAGCGCAGAUUCAGAUACUUUGGCCACAUACACACUGCAAACUUUUGGAAGUGGGAGCCACAUUCAAUUUGUGAGUUAUGGGCAGGACCUGAGUGCUUUUGGUCAUAGCUUUGCAGAUCCCAGCCAGCAAACUGCCUCAUACGCUGCAGCCCCCUCUGCGCCCUCGACGGGAGCCCAACCUGCAGCUGGCAGCUUUGGACGAGGACAGAACCACAAUGUACAGGGCUUCCACCCAUACCGGCGCUGAGCUGCUCUUCUUUCACCCCCCCCCCCCCCCAAUGCAAUACACAUCGUCAGGGAUUCAGACGUUUUAUUCAAAUUGGACUGGAUUUUGGGAUUGUGUCUUUUUGAACAUCGCAAGCAAAUAAAAAGGGUUUUAUUGUGUGUAAAUCGUGAACUGGGGCUCUACUCCAAUAACAGGAGACCACAUUACUUCUCUAUAUUUUGUAGUAGGACUGAACUGCUGAAGUAUUUAGCAAUAGAUUUGUAUUGUCAUCAGCACACAACAGAGGCACCAGACAUCAGUGACAGGGUCUCCCAUUUAUUCAGCUUUAAUUCUAUUAGCGGGAAAGAAAAACAAUUAUUUUCAAUUUUGUGACUUUGGUUUACUCUAUGAGCCUUUUACCAUUUUAUUUAUGUUUGUUUUGGAAAUAGAGUACAAAUGUGUAUUAUACACCUAAACUGUGCAAUUUUUUUAAAGAAUUUUGUACUAAUAUAUGUGCGCUUUUCUUGUUUUUUAUUUAAGGAUGUAGACUUCCCUCAGGUGGCUGUCAGUGCACUUUGCACUUAUGCAAAAAAAAAGAAAACUUAUGAAAAUGAGAGUUUAUUUGAAAUAAAUGAUUUAAAGAAA